CCAAUGUCGAAAUGAGAGCCUUGGCGGUCCCCGACCCCUCGACUGGCGACCUUCGACGACUUCAUUCUGCUGGUCAGACCGGUACCCCCUUCGCCCUUCGUUAAGUGGUUUUGGCCUUGAUGGCUUCAUUCAACGUCUCCCUGGAGGACAGUUCGCCUCUGAUUUCUUACUCACCUGCGGAAGCUUGGACGGAUAGCCCUGAGAACGAUCCAUUGGUUCAGAGCUACUCCGCUUCUUCGUUGCACGCAACUUCUGCGCAGGGCGCAACCGCUACCAUCACAUUCAAUGGGACUGGCAUCUGGUUCUUUGGAGGUCGGAGACCUGAAUAUGGGUCAUAUACCUUGUCUAUCGACGGGCAGACGACGAGCAACGGAGAUGCCAACGCAGCAGUACCCGUGUUUGACCAAUUACUAGCAGGAGCUUCCAACCUAGGAGCGGGGAUGCAUACAGCUGUCUUGACGAACACGGGAUCUGAAUCAGGACUGGACCUCGACUCUGUCGUCUUCGAGGCUGCAAUAGGAUCAUCUGGUCAAAGUAUCUCUAAUCAGACAAUCGACGAUGCGCAGCCUCAGAUCACCUUCUCUUCUGAUUGGAAAGCAAAUACUGGUGCAGAGUACAUGCAGAACACUCUGCACUUCACGCAGAAUGGGGGAGCAACAGCUUCCAUGACAUUCUCUGGCGAAGCUGUUGCAAUCUAUGGCACUGUGUCUCCUGAUCACUCUGAUUUCUCAGUUGCGAUCGAUGGAAAGACUACCACGUCCGGUGCAGGCGGUGGUGGUCUCGCUCGAGUCCUUCAUGCUCAGACAUUGUUGUAUUUUGCCAGCGGCCUUGGUCAUGGACAGCACAACUUACUGCUCACAGCCAAUCCUGAACAUGCUGGACAGCAAAAUACCGGUGCUUUCAUGGAUGUUGACGCCAUGCGGGUUUACAGUGCUACCGGAGGAAGCAAUAGCAAUAAUGCGAAAGCGAACCCUUCGGACAGCAAAUCGAGCUCGAAUAAUGGCUCAUCGUCGAGACACGGGUUGAGCAGUGAAUCAAUAGGAAUUAUUGCAGGCGCUGUUGCAGGAGCCCUUGUCCUACUCGGAGCCGUCGCUUUGAUUCUAUUCUUCCUGGUACGCAGGCGUAAUCGUCGGAAACGCAGUCGCAUGCCCCUUCAGUCACCACGUUCGCCCGACCUUCCAAUGCAAAGACCCGAGAUGACGGAGCCAGGCGUGCGACGCUCGGAUAGCGUCGGGCGGUCAUUCCCUGCUCCUGUAUACAACCCACGACCGGCAGGGUAUGGUGCGAUAUCCGGGCAAGCUGCAAGAACUAGUCGCGAUUCAGACGCUGGUUCGAUCCGGUCGAUCCAGUCCUACGACUCAAGCUCCCGGUUAAUAUUGGACCCGGCUCCCAAGGGUAGGAUACCAAGACCACCACCCCCUACUGUGGCACGAAGUGGAGGACCUGCUCCUCCACCUUGGUCGGACUAUCAAGAGGGCCAACCCAUACGACCGUUCCGGCCACCAGACCUCCACUUAUCACCUGUACCCCUAUAGCAACGGUCCUACCAUAGUCACCUCCCACACAUUCUCUGUGUCACUGUCUGUCAGCGUCUGUGUUGUUAUAGUUUCAUUCCGAUUUACUUAUAGCGUCCUGCUGUCCAC